AUGGCCGCACAACGUCUUUCGAGCAUCGUCUCGCAACUCACUCCAGGCCAGAAGCCCAUCGACAAAAUCACAUCGAAGAACCCCGACGAUAUCGUCAUCACGCUCGCCAUCCGUACACCGCUCACGAAGGCUGGCAAGGGUGGCUUGAAGGAGACUCCUCUCGAUGGCCUGGCAUUCAAGAUCUUGGAGCAAGUCCGACGAAAGAGCAACCUCGACCCGCAGAUGGUAGAAGAUAUCUGCAUGGGUAAUGUCUCCGACGCAAAGGCAGCCUACUACGUCCGCGCAGCCACUCUCGCCGCAGGCUUCCCGAACACCACAUCCGCAUCCUCCGUGAACCGCUUCUGUUCUUCAGGUCUCAAGGCUGUCCAGGACAUUGCGAAUCAGAUCAGCUGCGGUAGCAUUGAGAUCGGUAUUGCAAUGGGUGCGGAACAUAUGACCAGUGGAGGUGAUCGCCUCACCCGACCUUUCGUCGAUGAGAUCAUCAACUCGAACCAGGAUGCUGCGGAUUGCUUGCAGCCCAUGGGUCAGACAUCUGAGAACGUUGGCAAAGACUUCAACAUCUCCCGUGAGCAGCAGGACAGGUAUGCUGCUGAGUCUUAUAGGCGUGCUGAGGCCGCUCAGAAGGCUGGCUGGUUCGAUGACGAGAUCACGCCAAUCACUGUGAAGAUUGAUGGCAAGGAUGUGACCAUCAACCGUGAUGAGGGUAUCCGACCAGGCACCACUUUCGAGGGUCUGAACAAGAUUCGCCCUGCCUUCCCAGAUUACGGUGAUCGCAGCACUGGUGGCAACAGCAGUCAGGUCACCGACGGCGCAGCGGCUGUGCUGCUGAUGAAGCGCUCCAAGGCUCUCGAGCUCGGCCAGCCAAUCUUGGCCAAGUUCGUCGGUGCUACUGUUGCCGGCCUCGCGCCACGCAUCAUGGGUAUCGGCCCAACCAUCGCCGUGCCAAAGCUCUUGACCAAGUUUGGCAUCACGAUCGACGACUGCGAUAUUGUCGAGGUCAACGAGGCUUUUGCUUCCAUGGCCUGCUACUGCCGUGAUACGCUCAAGCUCGACUGGAAGAAGAUGAACCCUCGUGGCGGUGCUAUUGCUCUUGGCCACCCGUUGGGAUGCACUGGCGCAAGGCAAAUCGUGACCGGUCUGUCCGAGUGCCGAAGACAGAAGGCCAAGAUCCUCUUGACGUCGAUGUGCAUCGGUACUGGUAUGGGUAUGGCUGGUUUGUUUGUCAACGAGCAAUUGUAG